AUGUCCGGCAGGCAUAUACUUGAUGCUCUUGCCUUGCUUAGUGCUUCGCGGAAUAUCGCAGCGAAACAUGUCGAUAUUCGACUUGCUCAAGCCCGGCUCUAUGGCCAAUCCUCCUCCGUCAUCAAGGCUGUAAGGACCAAAGGCCUCCCAAUCCUAGCUACAUCGGUGUCACGAUUCGGCUCCUCUUCCCAACCCCUUUCAAAAUCACCCAGCGAGGGUAUCGACCAAGACCUCUUCUACACGAGAUCAGACAAAGGAUCUCAAACCCAGGCAAACUCUCGCAAAAGCUUGAACAUUGAGCAGGCCCAGGCGAGGAGAACACCACUGCCAGAUGGGACAAUACCACCACAUGACAGCUCCAUUGGAGCAGAGGAAGGCGAUGGAAUAACUUUCAAUCAAGUCCCUACGGGAGAGACACCGCAGCAUCCACUCGAGUCUGGACAUACUCAAGACCUCAAGUUCCGUUCGUCUACGAGACCGAAUCUCCCUGGUACGAGGUCUGUCGGGGAUCUGUCUCCGGAUGAGGCGAGAGAAGCUCAAAGACAAUCCGAAGACCAGAUUCCCGCGAAUUCAGCCGAACCCCCUUCGCCAGAAGAAAAUACUCGGGAAUUUGGAGUGGGACAAGAGCAGGAUGUCUUCUACCAGCCACCAGGAAGCGUUAAGCCAGUACUAUCUGCCCUGCCGCGGGUUCGCGUUCCCAAGAUCGAAAAUGACGUACAGGAGGGCGAUUCACACAUCGAACCUGGUCUCAAUGCGGACGUCUACUACUCUGGCUCUAAGCAUGAGGCAGGCGAUGAAGACGAGCCUACGGAGGAACAGCUAUCUAGGCUAUUUCGCAACCCCAGGAAUGCGAGGACUUACGGGCAAAAGGCACGAUACGCGCCAGGGGGAGUCUCAGCGAGACGAUUCCAUAGCAAGUGUGUUACGCAGCAGAAGGCCUCCGACAAGGAUGCAGAAAGCCUUGAGAAACUUGGGGCCGAGCUUGCUAAAGACGCCCAGAAGAUCAAUUCGCAACAACCUCAGCCUCCACGACCGUAUGAGAUGCGUGAAUCAAAGGUGCCAGCAUCCAGGAUGGGCCGAAUAUUUGAAUUCGGAGGACUCGCAGCGUCGAUGGCUUUUGGAGCUGUCAGCGAGGGUAUCAGUCGCUCAGGGGGUCCCAAUAGCUCGGUGAUGUUGAGUGCUGCAAACAUGGAACGUCUUGUCGCGAAGUUGUCCAAAAUGCGAGGUGCCGCCCUCAAGUUAGGUCAAAUGAUGAGCUUCCAAGAUUCCAAAUUGCUCCCAAAGCCCAUUCAUGAUGUGCUGCAACGCGUCCAAGACAGUGCGGAUUACAUGCCUGCCUCACAGAGAGACGCAGUCAUUGCCGCUGAUUUGGGUCCCAAUUGGCGUGAUCGGUUUUUUGAGCAGUUCGAGGAGAAGCCUAUGGCCGCCGCCUCCAUUGGCCAGGUUCACGGGGCGAUAUUGAAAGACGGCAGGAGAGUUGCGGUCAAGGUGCAAUAUCCCGGCGUGGCGGAGUCGAUUUCCUCUGAUCUCAACAACUUGUCUUUGCUACUUACUGCCUCUCGUCUGUUGCCCAAAGGAUUGUACCUGGAGAAAACUAUUGCCAAUGCCCGUACCGAGUUGGCCUGGGAGUGCGACUACGUCCGCGAGGCUGAAUGCGCAAAGAGAUUUCGAGAGCUCUUAGCAGAUGAACAGGACAUCUUCACCGUCCCUGAGAUCAUUGACGAGGCAUCAGGCAAACGAGUCCUGACCAUGGAGAGAAUGGGAGGGAUCCCAGUCACCCGAGUCCGAAACUUUACGCAAGAGCAGAAGGACUGGAUUGGAUCACAGAUUCUACGACUCUGUCUGCGUGAGAUCACCGAGUUCAGAUACAUGCAGACCGAUCCCAACUGGACCAAUUUCCUCUACAACUCGGAAACAGACAGGCUGGAAUUACUUGACUUUGGUGCGUCAAGAGAAUUUCCUGAGAAGUUCAUUCAACUCUACAUCAAGACCCUCAUCGCGGCGUCGAGAAAAGACAGGGACGCGUGCAGAGAUUUCUCCAUCCAGCUGGGCUACCUCACUGGUUAUGAAUCAAAAGCCAUGUUGAACGCCCAUAUCGAUUCAGUCAUGACUCUGGCCGAACCUUUUAUGGAUUUCAGUCCGGACGUCUAUGACUUCAAGGAUCAAACCAUUACUGACCGGGUUCGGGCCCUGAUCCCUGUCAUGUUGAGAGAAAGGUUGGCACCUCCGCCAGAAGAGACAUACAGUCUCCAUCGGAAGCUGAGCGGAGCCUUCCUGCUUUGUGCACGACUGGGCAGCCGAGUUCGAUGCAAGGACCUGUUCGAGCAGGCGCUUGACAAAGCUGGGAUCCAUUAG